GACAUUACUCCGGUACUGAAGCCGGAGAUAAAAAGGAGCCUAUACAUUAAGUGCCGCCUCCUCCUCAAGGCACCAGAGAGGAGCUCACUUAGAAGGUUUGGUCUCCAACCGCGUCAUAGACGGCAGGCGGGAAAGGCGUCAGGAAUCAACGCCGGUGUUAACUUAUUGUUGGGCGCCGGGCAAGGAACGAGGAGGCAAACGGCCGAGUGCCAGCCAGGGGGACCCGUCCAGAAAGGCGCAGCUUCGUCCUGAAGGAGAACAGCAGCACUUUCUGGAGUUGUGCGAAGCGAAGGCUGCCGGUGAAGCGGACGUCUCUUCAGCAGAGCGUGCCGAGUUUUGCGGGGCCAGGUGACAAGUCAAAGCGCGCUCCGAGCUAAAAAGCGAAGCAGGCGGUCCAGAGCGCCCCUGAAUCGCACGGAGCUCAUCCAUGGUCACCUGUAGAGAAGUCGGGGGCUUCGGCGUCUGGGACUAUGUGGUCUUCGCGUUCAUGCUUGUUAUCUCCGCGGUCAUCGGAGUGUACUACGCCUUCGCGGGCGGUGGCCAGAGGACCCGCGAAGCCUUCUUAAUGGGGGGCCGCAGCAUGUCAGCUUUCCCCGUGGCGCUCUCCUUAACGGCCAGCUUCAUGUCGGCCGUGACGAUACUAGGCACCCCCGCCGAAAUCUACCGCUUCGGGUGCAUGUUUAGCCUCUUCGCCAUCUCCUACGCGUUCGUGGCGCUCAUAACCGCGGAGAUCUUCAUGCCCGUCUUCUACCGCCUGAAAAUCACCAGCACCUACGAGUACCUAGAAAUGCGGUUUAAUAGACCGCUGCGCCUGUGUGGAACAGGACUCUUUAUUAUACUGACGAUACUUUACACUGGAAUUGUCAUUUAUGCUCCAGCCUUAGCUUUAUAUCAAGUUACAGGAAUUCAUUUAUGGGGUGCAGUUGUUGGAACAGGAGUAGUCUGUACUUUCUAUUGCACACUGGGUGGACUAAAAGCAGUGAUUUGGACAGAUGUUUUUCAAGCUGGAAUCAUGAUUGCUGGAUUUUUAUCUGUGAUUAUACGUGGUGCGAUAGUACAACAUGGGUUUGGAAAUAUAAUAAAUGAUACCUCUCAUGGAAAAAGAUUAGAUUUCUGGGACUUCAAUCCUAAUCCUUUGCAAAGGCAUACAUUCUGGACAAUUGUUAUAGGUGGGACUUAUACCUGGCUUGGUAUAUAUGCAGUCAAUCAGUCUCAAGUUCAGCGAUAUCUUUCCUGCAAAUCCCGAUUUCAAGCAAAAUUAUCUCUUUAUUUAAACCUCGUGGGACUCUGGUUAAUUCUUGCAUGUGCAGUAUUAUGUGGAUUAGUAAUGUACUCUGUUUUUAAGGACUGUGACCCAUUGAAAGCAAAGUGUGUGGGAGCAUCAGACCAGCUCAUGCCUUAUCUGGUAUUGGAACUUUUCAACGAGUUUCCAGGAAUGAUAGGCCUUUUUGUUGCUUGUGCUUAUAGUGGAACUUUAAGUACAGUGUCCUCUAGCGUCAAUGCUUUAGCUGCUGUGACAGUGGAGGACCUCAUUAAACCUUAUUUCACAUUAACUGAACUUAAAUUGUCUUGGAUUUCUAUGUGCAUGAGUUUAUUUUAUGGUGCUGUGUGCGUUGUUAUGGCUGUUGUGGCAUCAAAGCUAGGAGCAUUAUUACAGGCAGCAUUGACCAUUUUUGGCAUGAUUGGUGGGCCUCUCCUAGGACUCUUUUCCUUGGGAAUUCUUUUUCCAUUUGUCAACGCUCUGGGUGCUUUUAUAGGUCUCGUCUCUGGAUUUAUUAUUACCCUUUGGAUUGGAAUUGGAUCUCAUAUUUAUAAGCCACUGCCAUUUAGGACCCUGCCAUUAAAUCGUACAAUUAUAGGCUGUAACAUAGCCAACCUAAGCACAGAUGUUUAUGCAAUGGAUUCCAUUGAUCAGCUCACAAUUAAAAAUAGUGAGAGACCCAUCCUGGCAAAUUCUUUGUAUUCCUUAUCCUAUCUUUAUUUAAGCCCAGUUGGAACUCUGAUUACAAUUGGUGUGGGAAUAGUCAUUGCCCUUUUGACAGGAGGACGUAAGCAGAAGGUGGACAAAAAAUUCUUACUCAGCAAAGAGGAUCUUUUUUGUAAUUUCUUAUUUCGUAAAUUAAAACAAGAAGAUAAAAGAGUUUUGGACUGCCCACCAUACAAUGAAGGAACUGACAAUCCAGCCUUCAAUCAUAUUGAAAUGAUGUCAGACAGUAAAACCUGAAAUGAUACUUAUUAGUGAAGAUGCUGGAUACUUUGCUAAAGUUGGCAGCUAUUUCAAAUGUAUUAACAUGGAAUACAACUAAGUUUUGCUCAUGAGAAUAUAUUAGAAAUUUCAUCUUAACCUGAACCCAUAUUUUAACUUCAUUCCAUAUUGGUUGGGACAUUGUUAAAGAAUACAUUAUGCAAAAAGUAACUUGUUUUUUUAUGUACAAUGAGAGCAUAUGCACCAUAGACAAAUUCCUUGUGUGUCCAAUCACACUUGGCCAAUAAAGAAUUCUAUUCUAUUCUAAAAAAAAGUAACUGCAAAAAUAUGGAAACAGUAAUAGAUCUAACAUUCCGAUUUCAGAAGAUAUGUGAAGCUCAUUUUGGAAAUUAAUACCUGUCACAUUAUUGUGUGCAAAAUGAAAACUAUGUUAUGAUUUUUUUUUAUUUCAUUGGCUGUUGGCUAUAAUCUGUGUAUUUGGGAGUAAGAUCAAAUAACUCAAUGAGACUUUACUUCUGAGGAAAAAGAUACAUACAAUUGCAUUGCCAUGUUUUAUUUUCCAAAAGCUUCAUUUAUUUGUCUUUAGCAUCACCCAGAAUGUUACACAUUUCUUCAUGCCCUGAUUUUUGUAUGUUAACAUGGAUAAUUGCCCAUGUGUAGAUCUCAUGUGGAACUUUAUUCUCCUGGAUCCUUUAUGAGCAGGGUACUAAAAUCACAGAAAGGCUAGGUAUAUUAAUGGUUACGUAUAAACUUCAAUAUUUCAAAUGAUUUCCUUACAGCAUCUAUCACAGUGCAAUAAGAGGGCUUAUGUUAUCAGGUUAAAACUAAAAACAUAAUCCUGCAAUUCUUUCAAUUGAUUUUGCAUCCUGAUGCAAAUUUGUGAGAGAUGGUCCAGUGUGAAUUAUUCAAUAGAGAUCAGAAUGUAAUCCUACAAGUUUACUCAGAAAUAAGUCCUUUUAUAUUAAAAGAGAAAUAUUUUUAUUGCAAUCCCAAACUUCUUGGUGCUUCUCAAGUUGGCUGUGCCUUUUUAUUUAAAACCUUAAAAACUUUUAAAACUUUUUUUUUAAAAAACUGGAAAGCAGCAAAGCUACCAUCCUCCUUUUCUUUGCCAAAGAAUAGAUCUCACAACUACAUGGACUCAGAACACUGAAGAAGAAAAAAGUGCUACAAGUCAAAGAUUGGAGCUUUGGGGCUAAAAUUGGGAAAGGGAGUUUAGGUGAUGACUGAAGUUGCCAAUGAGAGCUUGGAAAUACAUAAUAUUUGUAUGAUAGAAUAAUGAGGCAUAUGGUUGUGAAUAUCUGGAAGUCUGAUUAUCUGUGUAUGUAAUAAAGAUAAUAUAAAGAUAAUAAAGAAUGGUUUG